AUGAGUCUAACCAGUUUCAGUAUCAGCAGUCGGGGAUGUACCCUCCUCCUGAAAGCCCCCAACAGAAUCUUCUGCCUGCUAGUAGGUUCUCUCUUCACCAGAGGUAUGAGAGUUGGCCUGUAGGAACUGAGGCUUCUGCUUACCCUCCAUUGGAUCAGGCUUUGAGUAAUCUGCAUAUGUCUGAGAACCAACCAAAUGAAUUUGCAGUGGCGCCAUCAGCACCUUCGAGUGCAAGGUUUGAUAAGGUUGGGGAGCUUUAUGGGUAUCCUAAUAGCUCUUUUUCGAGUUGGGAGGCAAGUAACACUUGUUCGGGUCAGGUGGAACAACCGUCAGCUCCUGUUUUAACCCCAACAUCUUCAAUCAAUGGCUCGCAACAUAGCCAGAGUUUACAGAUUGUUCCAUUGCAGAAUAAAGGAUCUUUGAAGGUUUUGCUGUUACAUGGGAAUCUGGAUAUUUGGGUGUAUGAGGCGAAAAACCUGCCGAACAUGGACAUGUUCCACAAGACUUUAGGGGAUAUGCUUAUGAGGUUUCCAGGGACUGGAACCAACAAAGCUGAUGGGCAGUCGAACCGUGGGAUUACUAGUGAUCCAUAUGUGUCGAUUUCAGUUGCAAAUGCUGUAAUUGGGAGGACAUAUGUGAUAAGCAAUUCUGAAUUUCCUGUUUGGACACAACAUUUCAAUGUUCCAGUAGCCCAUCAUGCCCCUGAAGUGCACUUUGUUGUUAAAGAUAGUGAUCUAGUGGGAUCCCAGCUUAUUGGAGUCGUGGCUAUUCCGGUAGAAGUUAUAUACUCAGGAGCAAGAGUUGAGGGAAUUUACCCGAUCCUGAAUGCUAGUGGGAAGCCUUGUAAACCUGGAGCGGUCCUAAGUCUUUCAAUUCAGUACACUCCAAUUGAGAGAUUGAGCAUUUAUCAUAAUGGAGUUGGGGCAGGCCCUGAUUACUAUGGUGUUCCUGGCACCUAUUUUCCUCUUAGGACUGGUGGAAAGGUUACUCUUUACCAAGAUGCUCACGUACCAGACGGUUGUCUUCCGAACCUAAUUUUAGAUGGGGGGAUGCCAUAUGUGCAUGGGAAGUGUUGGAAUGACAUAUAUGAUGCAAUACGUCAAGCACGGCGUUUGAUUUACAUUGCUGGGUGGUCAGUUUGGCACAAUGUCAAACUGGUUCGGGAUGGUGGUGCUGCAUCAAAUGUCACCAUAGGUGAUCUUCUGAGAUCCAAGUCCCAGGAAGGAGUGAGAGUGCUGCUGCUUGUUUGGGAUGACCCUACUUCAAGGAGCAUUCUGGGCUAUAAAACAGAUGGAAUCAUGCAAACCCAUGAUGAGGAAAUUCGGCGGUUUUUCAAGCACUCUUCAGUGCAAGUAUUGCUUUGCCCCCGCACUGCUGGAAAACGACAUAGCUGGGUUAAGCAAAGGGAAGUUGGGACAAUCUAUACGCACCAUCAGAAAACCGUAAUUGUGGAUGCUGAUGCUGGCCAUAAUAAGAGGAAAAUCCUAGCUUUUGUCGGAGGACUUGACUUAUGUGAUGGGCGAUAUGAUACUCCAAACCAUGAACUAUUUAAGACGUUGAAAACAGCGCAUAAAGAUGACUAUCACAACCCAACGUUCACGGGUAGCACCGCUGGUUGUCCAAGAGAGCCAUGGCACGAUUUGCACUCUAGGCUUGAUGGUCCAGCAGCAUAUGAUGUUCUGACCAACUUUGAGGAGCGUUGGUUAAAGGCUUCAAAACCACAAGGGAUGAAGAAACUGAAAAAAAGCACCUACAAUGAUUCUUUGCUCAAGUUGGAAAGGAUUCCAGACAUAAUUGGAGCAUCCCAUGCUGCUUCCACUAGUGACUACGAUCCUGAAACUUGGCAUGUUCAGAUCUUCCGUUCAAUUGAUUCAAACUCUGUUAAAGGUUUCCCGAAGGAUCCAAAAGAAGCAACAAGCAAGAAUCUGGUGUGCGGAAAGAAUGUGCUGAUCGACAUGAGCAUACAUACAGCAUAUGUGAAGGCCAUCCGUGCUGCCCAACAUUUCUUAUAUAUAGAGAAUCAAUAUUUUAUUGGGUCUUCAUACAAUUGGAGUCAAUAUAAAGACUUAGGUGCUAAUAAUUUGAUUCCCAUGGAAAUUGCCCUUAAGAUUGCUGAAAAAAUCAGAGCAAACCAGAGAUUCGCUGCGUAUAUUGUUAUUCCCAUGUGGCCAGAAGGUGUUCCAACUGGUGCAGCAACACAAAGAAUUCUGUUUUGGCAGCACAAGACAAUGCAAAUGAUGUAUGAGACAAUUUACAAGGCGUUGGUGGAAAUGGGGUUGGAGGGUGCAUUCUGCCCCCAAGACUAUCUAAACUUCUUCUGUCUUGGUAAUCGUGAGGCUAUAGAUGUAAAUAAUACCUCUGUUUCUGGAAGUCCUCACGCAGCAAACACUCCACAGGCAUUUAGUCAAAAGAGCAGGCGAUUUAUGAUUUAUGUUCAUUCAAAAGGUAUGAUAGUCGAUGACGAGUAUGUUAUACUGGGGUCCGCAAACAUCAAUCAGCGCUCUAUGGAAGGGACAAGAGACACUGAAAUAGCAAUGGGGUCCUACCAACCUCAUCAUACAUGGGCAAGAAAUCAUUCUAGUCCUCUCGGACAGAUAUUUGGAUAUAGAAUGUCACUAUGGGCAGAGCACACAGGAACCGUUGAGGACUGUUUUAGAGAACCAGAGAGUCUUGAAUGUGUUAGGAGAGUUAGAGCAAUGGGUGAGAUGAACUGGAAACAAUUUGCUGCUGAGGAGGUUACAGAGAUGAGGGGUCAUCUAUUGAAGUAUCCAGUUGAAAUUGAUCGAAAAGGCAAAGUCACAUCCCUUCCUGGAUGUGAGAGUUUCCCCGAUGCAGGAGGAAAUAUAACCGGUUCUUUCCUUGGCAUUCAAGAAAAUUUGACAAUUUGAUCACCAGUUCAGUUUUAUAGAAGAACUCAGUUAGUACAGUUUUGAAACGUUUUUUUGUUGUAUUUAGCAAACCCAUAGGAGGAUAGGGUUUUCUUUUAUUCAACAGGGAUAUAGGCGCUUUUAGGGUUUCUUUUCCUAUUCAAUUUCGUUCUUUGGUAGACCAAGUCGCUUCUUUGGCAUUCAAGGAAACCUGAGCAUUUGAUCUGCCUGUCAUCACAUCCAGAGUUGCAGAUUGUUUAGAGAAGAAUUCAUUGUUUAGAGAAGAAUUCCAAUAAAUUCCUUUUGUACAGUUUGGUUAACUUUUGGUGUUCAACAACGCAUUGUACAACUCUGCCAAUUUGGCACAUUAUAAUGUUGAUAUGCAGGUAA